AUGAAGUUGAAAGUAGCCUUGCUCUUUGUCAGGCUUCAGACAACCUCUCCCUUGGCUGUCGGAGGAAGGAGCAGCUCUCAACCCAGAAGCCUUAUUCCACUUCCCCCAGCUGUUGCUGAGCCAGUUCACUUCUUCACAGAGAAAGGGGAUCAGAAGUGGCCAGUGUGGGCAGUUGCUAAGCAGCAGAACUGGCCUUUGUCCUCAUGGGGAUUGCACAGAAGGGACCCCAUUGCUGAGAGAAGGCUCCUUGCCAGCCCUGCUCUCUUGAGGGCGCUGUGGCCAUUCUACAGAGACAGCUCAGAGCUGGAGCAAGUCAAGCAAGUCACUGUCUGCCCCAGGAGCCCAGGCACUGCUGCCCGUGCCCUGCCCUUCCACAAGCCACUGUCUGCCCCAGGAGCCCAGGCACUGCUGCCCAUGCCCUGCCCUCCCACAAGCCACUGUCUGCCCCAGGAGCCCAGGCACUGCUGCCCGUGCCCUGCCCUUCCACAAGCCACUGUCUGCCCCAGGAGCCCAGGUACUGCUGCCCGUGCCCUGCCCUUCCACAAGCCACUGUCUGCCCCAGGAGCCCAGGCACUGCUGCCCGUGCCCUGCCCUCCCACAAGUCACUGUCUGCCCCAGGAGCCCAGGCACUGCUGCCCGUGCCCUGCCCUUCCACAAGCCACUGUCUGCCCCAGGAGCCCAGGCACUGCUGCCCGUGCCCUGCCCUCCCACAAGCCACUGUCUGCCCCAGGAGCCCAGGCACUGCUGCCCGUGCCCUGCCCUUCCACAAGCCACUGUCUGCCCCUGCCCCAGGAGCCCAGGCACUGCUGCCCGUGCCCUGCCCUUCCACAAGCCACUGUCUGCCCCAGGAGCCCAGGCACUGCUGCCCGUGCCCUGCCCUCCCACAAGCCCACUUGCCUUGGCCCCUGA